AUGCCUGAAUACCUCCCUCGUGUGACUGACAUCGAGUCUCACCACAACUUUAAAGAUGAUCUCAAUUUCAAGUACGUGUCCUUCGUGCUCGUAACUGGUUGGUCUCCUUGCAAUGAGGGCAAAGUGGAGGAAGAAGCGCAUGCGCAGGCUGAAGCGCAAACGAAGAAAGAUGAGACAGCGAUCCAAGUAGACUCGUGGUGUCUUCACUUCAUAAUGAAUUGGACGGACUGGCUGGUCCGUCCCAGACAGGGGAGAUGA